AUUCAGCUGAUAACAUAAACAACAAAGUGAAUUUUAAAAAGGAAGAGUUGUUAUUUAGUAGAUAUUAUAUUAGUGUAGGCUAAAAGCAUUAUGAAUCAAGACAGAUAUUCUUUAAUAGACAAUACUGCCCAUUCUAGUAUCGUACAGGAAUCUGGUUAUGAAUCUACGGAAAACUCAGAUGAAAAACCUGCCAAAUUCCGUCAAUAUCUUGCUGCAUUUUCAGCAACUUUGUCAGCUUUGGCUGCUGGUACCGUACUGGCAUGGACUUCUCCGAUUCUAAAUGACCUGGAAAAUGGCAAGUACAACAAUAUUAAAUUAGACAGCAACCAAAUGGGAUGGAUUGGAUCGUUCGUAACACUCGGUGGAAUGGCGAUGUGCAUACCGACAGGCUUCAUCUGUGAUAUAAUAGGUCGUAAGAAAACUCUGUUGUUAUUAUGUAUUCCCUUCACGCUGGGGUGGUUGCUGAUAAUAUUUGCUAACAACGUGCUGAUGCUGUAUUUUGGCAGACUAGUGACAGGAACUGCUGCAGGAGCUUGUUGUAUAGCAGCUCCUUUGUACACAAGUGAAAUCGCCCACAAAUCAUUGCGAGGAACUCUAAGCAGUUAUUUUCAACUGAUGGUUACCGUGGGAAUAUUUCUGGGUUAUUUAGUAGGAAAAUACCUAAAUGCUUUAUAUUUUACAAUCUGGUGUGCCUGCGUUCCUUUUGUUUUCGUCGUUUUCUUUGUGUUCCAGCCUGAAUCGCCUGUAUAUUUAUUAAAACGAGGACUCUUCGAUAAUGCCAAGGGAGUUUUAAUUAUUUUACGGGGUAGCAAGUACAAAGUCGAUGCAGAACUUAACGAAAUUGAAGGAUAUUUAAAGGAAAGCGGCCAAGCAACUAUUUCCCUAACUGAAACUUUCAAACAAGGAUCUGUUAUUAAGGCUUUUGUUAUAUCUUCCUCUUUGAUGUUUUUUCAGCAAUUUAGUGGUGUAAACGCAGUUAUUUUGUACACUACUGAUAUAUUUAAGACGUCUGGAGUGCACCUGGAUCCUAAAACUGCUUCUAUUAUGGUAGGACUUUUUCAAGUUUUAGCUACUUUUGCAGCUUCUUUGGUUAUAGAUAAACUUGGUAGAAGAAUAUUAUUGUUUAUAUCUGCAUUGUUUGUUACCGUAAACCUAUUUCUUCUUGCUAUUUUCUUCACUCUUAAAUACAGAACCGAUAUAAGCGACAAUAUUAUUGAAAAAUUAGGAUUUAUACCGGUAGGAGCCUUAUGCCUGUUUAUAAUAGCUUAUUCUCUUGGACUGGGACCAAUUCCGUGGGUAAUAUCAUCCGAAAUAUUUCCCACAGAGAUUAAGAGUAUCACUAGUUCUACAGCAGGUACCGUUAACUGGUUUUUGGCCUUUAUACUUACAAGGUUUUACCUUCAAGUAUCCGAUUAUAUAGGACAAGAUAGUACGUUCUAUAUUUUCGGAUUUGCCUCAAUGAUAGGAAUAUUCUUUGUUUAUAUUUUCGUUCCGGAGACUAAAGGUAAAAACAUUUUAGAAAUACAGGCUGCCUUGAACAACAAUCAAUAGUAAAUUCGUGACGGUUUUAUUGAGUGUCAAAAAAACAAUUAUUAUGUAAGUUGAACAGUGUUGGAAUAGUAUCCUCACAAUAUUUCCUUUGGUAAAUAUCAAUGGGCAACCGUGAAGCAUGUUUUCUUGAUUUGAAAAUGGCUUUCGAUAAGAAAACUACGCGUUCGAUUAAUACAAUGUAUGUUUGCCAAAUCUAUCCACGCAUAAACAAAUACAGCCUAGAUAUGAAGCAUAAACAAUAUUGUAACCAACUUGAAGAUCACAAUAUAGAGUUUUAUGGUUUUGAUUUUUUUUUAUAUUGUUAAAUCUACAUAAUCCUUUAUUGUUAGCCGUCAAAGGUAUCAGUAAGAGCUGUUUAUCGACUGUCUGUAGGUAUCGACCUCAAGAGAAUUUAUAGCGGAUUAUCAUCAUCGUCGUCAUUGUUGGAACGGUCUUAGUUAAACCCUGAUCUUCCUAAAUCUGUUCUCCAUUCCGUUCUAUAACUUGUAGCCUGGUACUUCUUUACCACACCGAUUUUCCUGACAUUCUUAUCCAUACCAUUUUGUUUUGCUAAUAGAGUACGUCUUGCAGUACCAGAUGUCCUGCCCACUUCUUCUUUAAGUUCCAUCUUCUGUCGAAGGUUGGAAAUCAUUAUGGCUAUGCGGACUCUGUUGACUGCCGCUCUAAAUAUAAAGCCACGAUAUUCUUCGUCUUGCCACAUUUCGCUUUUCUCGAAUUCUGCCUUGCAUAAUAAGCUACAAUAAUAAUUAUCUUUGCCCUCUCAUAGCCUAAGUACUGAAAUUUUCUUCUUUUGAUCUUCUUCUGAUGCUGUAUUCUGACUCCUCUUUGUAUUUUAAUAUCUCGGGUAUUCUGAUUGUCUACUUUUACGUUGACAAUUUGAUUCCAAUAUAAAUCAGAUAUAAUUUUCAUAUCACGACUGUCAAUAUUUUUUUACAAGCUUUUUAUGUUGAACCUUAUCAAAUACCUUUUCAAAUCUACAAAACAUAAGUACAUGUCCUGAUUUUAGGAGAAGAGGUUUAAAGAAACUUUAUUCUGUAAAAAAAAAUUAAUAUAAAUAACUACCUUAAUGUUUCAACGAGUUUUUCUUCGGGUGAAAUCCUAUCCAUUUUCACAUGGUGAUAAGCAUUCUUUUAAUCAAGUUAACAGUUCAUCAAAAGAUGUUAUACUCAUUCGGAAAUAGUUCAAAAACUUUGGAUGGUAUUUUUUUAAUUUGGGGUAUAGAGUCAGAAGAAGGAUGCACCCACCAUCUUCUUUGUCGUCUUUGCCUUGCUCUGAAUCUACGGUGAACAACCAAAUACAUGCUAAGUCCUUAACUGUGCUGGCUUUCGACAUUCUGGUAAACCGCGGCGCUAAGCACUGUCGUGUGUACGAUACCACUUUUUUGUGCGCUCAACACGGCGUCUAACGGCCUCAUGUGUACAGGCCCUAAGAAACUGCCACCACAUAAUCGUUCGCAUGACAGUACGUACCUAAGCGGAGCCAUUCGCUAACGUUAGAAUCUUUUAACUGUAUUAAGUUUAAUUGUUAAUUAUUAAUUGAUAUUAUCUCUCUCUUCAAUCCUGGCCCCCCAGGGGGAGUGUAGUGGUCGACGUGAUGCCGUGUAUUGUUCGUCUCCAGAGAUCUCUGUCUCUGGUUAUUUCUUUUAAUUCAUGCA